AGUAGUGUCUGUUCAUUCUCCAGCCAGGAAUCCGAUACAACAGACAUGGACAUACAAAUCUGUUUCUGACCGAACAAAAGCAAUUUAUACUUUUUUUCUGUGGGUCGCAGUCAUUCAUUAUAUCACUUAGUCAUUUGCAGGUUAUCCACUUGAGAAGUUGAGGACAUCAUGUCUAUCACUCUGCAAAGCAUAAAGAAAAUUGGAGAGGACAAUAAAUCUUUCGAAGCUAAUGAAUCAGAAAACUACAAGAAGAAAGAAGAUCCAUAUGGAAAUGGAAAUGCCUCUUCAAAACAAGCAAAGUCUAAGACCAAACAUGCAAGUGACAACAUUAGAGUUGGCUUCUUUCAGUUGUUCAGGUUUGCUUCUUGCUAUGAAACUACCCUGAUGGUCUUUGGAGGUAUUGCUGCCGUUAUCCAUGGGGCUGCACAACCGUGUAUGUUGCUUGUAUUUGGAAUGAUGAUUGACACAUUCGUAUUGUACGAUAUUGAACUACAACAGCUUGGUGACCCCAACAAGACCUGCAUUAAUAACACCAUCAUGUGGAUAAACUACUCUGUUGUGGAAGAAGAAAAUGGUACCAUGAGCUGCGGGCUGCUGGAAAUUGAGGCUGAAAUGACAAAUUUUGCCUUGUACUACGCAGGCAUUGGUUGCUCGGUGCUAAUUUUGGGUUAUAUGCAAAUUUGCUUUUGGGUAACAGCAGCGGCUCGCCAGAUCCAGAGAAUUCGAAAAUUGUAUUUUCGCAAGGUGAUGAGAAUGGAGAUAGGAUGGUUUGAUUGCACUUCUGUGGGUGAAUUGAAUACAAGAAUGUCUGAUGAUAUAAAUAAAAUUAACGAUGCCAUUGCUGAUCAAGUGGGGAUAUUUACCCAGAGAUUCACAACAUUUAUAUCUGGGUUCCUGUUAGGAUUUGUCAAUGGCUGGAAAUUAACAUUAGUCAUUAUCGCCGUUAGCCCUCUGAUUGGAAUUGGAGCUGCACUAAUGGCAUUGGCUGUUGCAAAGUUAACUGGCAGAGAGCUACAGGCCUAUGCCAAAGCUGGGGCAGUAGCUGAUGAGGUGCUCUCGGGAAUCAGAACCGUAGCAGCGUUUGGAGGGGAAUUAAAAGAAGUUGACAGAUAUGACAAAAAUCUUGUAUACGCCCAGCGUUGGGGAAUAAGAAAAGGUGUAAUAAUGGGAUUUUUUACUGGGUACAUGUGGUUUAUUAUUUUUCUUUGUUACGCAUUGGCCUUUUGGUAUGGCUCAAAACUAGUUCUCGAAGAAGAAGAAUAUAGUCCUGGAAACCUUUUACAGGUGUUUUUCGGUGUGUUGAUCGGAGCCUUAAAUCUUGGCCAGGCAUCUCCCUGCUUGCAGGCAUUUGCUUCUGGAAGGGGGGCCGCCACCCAUAUUUACGAGACAAUUGACAAUGAACCAAAAAUUGACUGCUUGUCAGAAGAUGGGUAUAAACUGGACAAAGUAAAAGGAGAAAUUGAAUUUCAUAAUGUUAACUUCUAUUACCCUUCCAGACCUGAAGUACAGAUUUUACACAAGCUAAACAUGAUCGUAAAAUCUGGGGAAACAACAGCUUUUGUUGGGCCAAGUGGAGCAGGAAAAAGUACUACAAUUCAACUCAUUCAACGUUUCUAUGAUCCUGAAGAAGGAAUGGUGACAUUAGAUGGCCAUGAUGUACGGUCUCUUAAUAUUCAGUGGCUGCGUUCCUUGAUUGGCAUUGUUGAGCAAGAGCCAGUUUUGUUUGCUACUACCAUCGCGGAGAACAUUCGCUUUGGUAAGGAAUCUGCCACAAUGGAAGAGAUUAUCAAUGCUGCAAAAGAAGCAAAUGCCUACAACUUCAUCAUGGACUUACCGCAGCAAUUUGACACUCUUGUUGGAGAAGGAGGAGGCCAGAUGAGUGGUGGACAAAAACAAAGGAUUGCCAUUGCUCGUGCUCUGGUCAGAAAUCCUAGAAUCCUCCUUCUGGACAUGGCCACAUCUGCUCUAGAUAAUGAAAGUGAAGCUACGGUACAAGAAGCCCUUGAUAAGGUUCGGUUUGGACGCACAACUAUCUCUAUUGCACAUAGAUUAUCAACAAUUAAAAAUGCUGAUGUCAUCAUCGGUUUCGAGCAUGGAAGAGCUGUGGAAAGAGGGACCCAUGAUGAGCUACUUGAGAGGAAAGGAGUUUAUUUUACACUGGUUACAUUGCAGAGUCAAGGGGACAAAGCACUUAAUGAAAUGGAGAAGCAAAAUACAGAAAACAAAGAGUUUGAGGAACCUAAGCUUGAGGCGGUUAAUUUGUUCAAGAGAGGAAGCUAUCAGGCCAGUUUACGAGCUUCAAUCCGGCUUCGGUCCAGGUCUCAGUUGUCCAAUGUGGUUCCAGAUAAUCCUUUGCUGGUUCUGGGGGAUACCUCAUCUCAGUAUGAAGAGACAGGAAAAACUAAAGCAGAUAUCUAUGCUGAUGAUGAUGACGGUGUGGAACCUGCACCAGUCGCCAGAAUUUUAAAAUACAAUGCGCCGGAAUGGCCUUAUAUGUUAGUCGGAUCAUUUGGAGCUGCCGUUAAUGGAGCCGUCAGUCCUCUUUAUGCCUUGCUCUUCAGUCAGAUUCUUGGGACAUUUUCUAUACCUGAUGAAGAACAGCAAAGGAAUGAAAUUAAUGGGAUAUGUGUGCUUUUUGUGGCUAUCGGACUUAUAUCUUUUCUAACACAAUUUCUACAGGGUUACACAUUUGCAAAAUCGGGUGAGUUACUCACAAGGAGGCUACGUAAAAUUGGAUUUAAGUCGAUGUUGGGUCAAGAAGUUGGAUGGUUUGAUGAUCCAAGAAAUAGCCCUGGAGCUUUGACCACAAGACUUGCAACAGAUGCAUCACAAGUCCAAGGGGCCACUGGAUCCCAAAUCGGAAUGAUUGUGAAUUCCUUAACUAAUAUCGGAGUUGCCAUAAUUAUUGCAUUCUACUUCAGCUGGAAACUGAGUCUAGUGAUUACCUGUUUCCUCCCCUUUCUGGCCCUAUCUGGUGCUCUGCAAGCCAGGAUGCUCACCGGAUUUGCCAAUCAAGACAAACAAGCCAUGGAAUCUGCAGGAAGGAUUUCCAGUGAAGCACUUGGGAACAUCAGAACUAUUGCUGGAAUUGCUCAAGAAAAGAAAUUUGUAGAAAUGUAUGAGGAACAACUCGAAUUACCAUACCGAUCGGCAAUAAAAAAAGCCAACGUAUAUGGAUUGUGUUUUGGUUUUGCUCAGUGUGUGGUUUUUAUUGCAAACUCUGUGUCAUACCGAUAUGGAGGUUAUUUAGUUGAUAAGGAAGGACUACAUUACAGCUUUGUAUUCAGAGUAAUAUCAUCCAUUGUGACCAGUGGGACCGCUUUAGGUAGAGCAUCAUCUUAUACUCCGGAUUAUGCCAAAGCUAAAAUCUCUGCGGCACGAUUCUUUAAACUGGUUGACCGAGUUCCAAAAAUUACUUUGUUUACAGAUGAGGGAGAAAAAUGGAAUGAUUUUAGGGGAAGUAUUGAAUUUAUCAACUGCAAGUUUACAUACCCCACACGCCCUGAUAUCCAAGUGUUGAAUGGUCUCAAUGUGUCUGUGAAGCCAGGACAGACCCUUGCAUUUGUAGGAAGCAGCGGUUGUGGCAAAAGCACAAGUGUUCAACUACUGGAAAGAUUUUAUGACCCAGACUAUGGUCAAGUGCUAAUAGACGGACAUAACACAAAGAACAUCAAUGUGGCGUUCUUACGGUCUAAAAUUGGAAUUGUGUCUCAGGAGCCUGUGCUGUUCGACUGCACUAUUGCUGAGAACAUCAAAUAUGGAGAUAAUUCCAAAGCACUCUCGAUGGACCAAGUUAUUUCGGCAUCGAAAAAAGCUCAGCUGCAUGAUUUUGUGAUGGGACUUCCAGAUAAAUAUGACACCAAUGUUGGGGCACAUGGAUCUCAGCUCUCUCGUGGUCAGAAACAACGUAUAGCAAUUGCCCGGGCUGUCAUCAGAGACCCUAAGAUUCUGCUUCUAGAUGAAGCAACGUCUGCAUUAGAUACAGAAAGUGAAAAGACGGUUCAAGCUGCCCUUGACAAGGCAAGGGAAGGUCGCACCUGCAUUGUGAUUGCACAUCGUCUGUCUACAAUUCAGAACUCAAAUACUAUUGCAGUCAUGUCUCAAGGAAUUCUCAUUGAAAAGGGAAAUCACGAUGAACUAAUGGAAAAGAAAGGAGCGUAUUAUAAACUUGUGACAACCGGAGCACCUAUAAGUUAACAGCACCCAUAACAUACCAAAAACUGACUUCAAUAAAGAAGACGCAAGACCUCAGGGCAACCCGGCAGUCAACUGAAACCAAGAUGUGGGUUGUGCUCGCUCUUCUUUUAUUUUAACUUGUAUGAUGUACGAGGAUGCCAAGACGAAGUUUGACGUAUGAUUUAAAUCACUUGAAUCUUGAAAUAUUAUGCAUGCGCGCUGUAAAUAUGAGUGUGUGAAUAUUGAAUCAUCACCAGUAGGCAUAAGCAUGCAUAGGAUUUCACGAAAAAGAUGCAGGAGUUUCUAUGCUGGUGCUUCAACGCGUCCUACAAGGAUGUUAGCAACGGUAGCUGAAAGUAGUGCAGAGGUAGGUGCGUGUAAUGAUUAUCUUCGCUGCACACCUCAACCUACCCACUUCAGUAGGGUGUGUGAAAAUGGAUGGGUCAUCCUACUGAAUGUGACCAUAUCUCUACAGUAGCUCUAUAAGGGAAAAGUAUUAAUAAGGAUAACUAUACUAUAAUGUUAUAUAAAUGUGCAUAAUAAUAUUGCUGGUAUUGUCAACAAAUGUUUGGCUAUUUGUAAAUUCCAUCCCCUUUUGAUCCUGUUCUCGUAUCCUUAAUUUUGGCGCUGUUUGCAAGGAAACUUCAGAAUUGUUCUGCCUGCAGUACCAUGCAAUCAGUUAUUGUACAAAUACGUAUACACUUACAAUAAAUUCCAUUGUACAUUGUCAGUAAAAAUAUAAUUAAUUAUUGUUAUACCAAUACAUUGAAAGUGUAAUAUCAGAUUAUUGACUUAUUUUCCUAAUGUUCCCCAUUAAAGGUUAUUUACAUUAUAUUUAUAUAAACA